GGCAAUCUGAAGAGGACAGAAACACACUUUGUCCACUGUCUUAUAAAAUGUUGACAUUGAGUUCUCUAUUUAACAAUGACUUCAGCUAAGCUCAGAGCAUUUGUGUUAAUGCUUAUGUCCUGUAGCUCCUGAUCCUUUGGCUGUUAUGACCAUGUCCUGCCUCAGCGAGAGACAUGGCAAUGAUGACGCACGUAGUGACAGAUCUCCCAGAGUGAUUCUCAGUAAUCAAUUUCUUCCCAUUGGUGGCUGUUUUUUCCCUCCAGCAUUCUCCCAUGGCAUUGGUUUGUGGUUGGGAUAGAGUACAAAAGGCUGAAGCUUUUCUUCUGUUUCUUUUUCUUGAUGCUUCCUUCCCUAAAUGCUGUUUUCAUCUGCCAGGUUGUCCUAAUAGUAGAUUUUUUCCCCAACACUCCACCCCUUGGCCACCCUUGCCAAGGCGCGCGCAUGUGUUAUGAUGCCAUGGUCCCCGUUGGCUGGAGCUGGAGCAGAUGCCCUUGGAGUGUAGGAUGUGCCUUCCCAGACAGGGCUCCACACCUCUCCCAUUCAGAUGUAAAUAUCCUUGGCAUCUUGAAAAGAAGGAUUAGCCCAGGUUGUGUCCUCCUGCGGCCUUCACAAACCCUGUCCCUCUGGGUCCAAAGCUAGGGCUGGCUUCCCGCAUUGUUUGCCUUCUGAAACCCUCAGUCUGUCGGCUCCUGAAUGCCUCCAUUGUCCAGACAUGCUGCCUGAAACCGACAGUCUAUUCUCGGUCCCGAGCUCUGUCCCUAGAAAUCCAAGUCACAACUUAAUAGCCUCUGGCCUCUACUGAGCCCCUCUAAGAAGGGCUUUGUGAGUUGCAAAGCAUAUGAAUGGUGAGGACUGGCACCAGGCUUCCUGUCCCCCAAAUCAGGAGCCUCUCGGCCCACGUGUUUGCUGAGAACGGAGGCUUUACAGAGCUCCCACCCCAAAAGAAUUAGACACAAGUGGGUGAAAAUCGGCCGUGUCAGACCUCCCAGUGGAAGCUGGAGGGUCAGCAUCGAAUGUCUGGAUUUACGUACACGCACCUGUAAGCACACGUGCACGCUCACACACGCACACACACACGCACCUGUGCGUACGGCGCACACGCAGUACUCGAAGUCUAGGCCUCUCUUACAAUUCCACUUUUUCAGCCUCUGUCCUGCUUAUCCCCUGCUGGACGCAGGUCAGCCCGGCGUUGCCUGUACGUGACGCUGUGUCUUCCCUGCAGCUUCGAAGCCGCGCACGCUCUCCCCGGCCGGCGCUCGGCUCCGUGAGAUGAAGCAGUGCGAAGCCCAGUUCCGUCCUCCACGGAAGGACGAUCUCCGCACGCGGCGGCCGGAGGCUCGAGCCCGACGCAAGCUGGGUCCUCCGAUCGAAGCACGGCCGGGCGUCGGGGGGCAUGAGAGUGCGCUGGUCGGGCGGUGCGCGUGUUCCCCCGGGAGCGUCCGCGUCCCGACGGCGCGGCUGUUGGUCCGGACGCAGCCGUGUUCAAAGUUCCGGCCCCCGCGUCGCCGCGAGGGCGCCGGGCUUCCCGCCGGCGUUACUGACGCUGCGUCUCUCCCUUUAAACCCGCUGCAGGGAAGCAUGCCUCAGACGCCCCCCUUCUCGGCCCUGUUCGACGGCAGCGGUUACAACCGGAACCCGCCCCCGGCGGACGCGGGCUGCGCCGGCCUGUGCUACCACGACAACAACCUCCUGUCGGGGUCUCUGGAGGCGCUCGUCCAGCACUUGGUGCCCCGCGUGGACUACUACCCCGACAGAACGUACAUAUUCACCUUCCUACUCAGCUCUCGGCUGUUCAUGCAUCCCUAUGAGUUAAUGGCCAAAGUUUGCCACUUAUGUGUUGAGCACCAGAGACUAAGUGAUCCCAACAGCGACAAGAACCAGAUAAGAAAAAUUGCACCCAAAAUCCUUCAGCUCCUGACGGAAUGGACGGAAACGUUUCCUUAUGAUUUUCGGGAUGAAAGAAUGAUGAGAAACUUGAAGGAUCUGGCUCACCGGAUAGCCAGCGGCGAGGAGCAAACAUAUAGGAAGAACGUCCAGCAGAUGAUUCAGGGUCUGAUCCGCAAACUGGCCACGCUCAGCCAGUAUGAGGAAGUCCUGGCGAAAAUCAGCUCCACGUCCACGGAUCGGCUCACGGUUCUCAAGACCAAGCCACAGUCCAUUCAGAGGGACAUCAUUACCGUCUGCAGUGACCCUUACACUCUGGCUCAGCAGCUGACUCACAUCGAGCUGGAAAGGCUCAAUUAUAUUGGGCCAGAAGAAUUUGUUCAGGCGUUUGUACAGAAGGACCCUUUGGACAAUGACAAGAGCUGCUACAGUGAACGGAAGAAAACCCGAAACCUGGAGGCGUACGUGCAGUGGUUCAACCGGGUCAGCUACCUGGUUGCCACCGAGAUCUGCACGCCUGUAAAGAAGAAGCACCGGGCAAGGAUGAUCGAGUAUUUCAUCGACGUAGCUCGGGAGUGUUUCAACAUCGGCAACUUCAAUUCCCUGAUGGCCAUAAUCUCUGGCAUGAACAUGAGCCCGGUGUCUCGACUGAAAAAAACAUGGGCUAAAGUGAAGACUGCAAAGUUUGAUGUUCUUGAGCAUCAGAUGGACCCUUCCAGUAAUUUCUACAACUACCGAACCGCUCUUCGUGGGGCAGCACAAAGGUCUUUAACGGCUCACAGCAGCCGAGAGAAGAUCGUGAUACCAUUCUUCAGUCUUUUAAUCAAAGAUAUUUACUUCCUCAACGAGGGCUGUGCCAACCGCCUUCCAAAUGGCCACGUCAACUUCGAGAAAUUUUGGGAACUGGCCAAACAAGUGAGUGAGUUCAUGACGUGGAAACAGGUGGAGUGUCCGUUCGAGAGGGACCGGAAGAUCCUGCAGUAUCUGCUCACGGUGCCGGUCUUCAGCGAGGACGCGCUCUACCUGGCUUCCUACGAGAGUGAAGGACCUGAAAAUCACAUAGAGAAGGACCGAUGGAAGUCCUUACGGUCCAGCCUCUUAGGCAGAGUUUGAGGAGCAGGCGCUGACUGUGGCCGCUGCUGAGCCGCGCGGACCGCCGAGGGCUGCCUCUCCCACACCCAGUUCUGCGGAGUGUCCCGUAGUCCCCGCAAGCCGGCCGGCUCCGGGCAGAGGGGACGAACGUCCCACGGCCGACGGAUGACUCAGACCCUGGGAGAUGGAGAUGUUCACGGAAGAUGCUUGAGAAAGAAUCCUCUACCGACCGGCGCGGCCCAUGAUUCAUCUUCUGGAAUUUCCAUGUGAAUCACAGCUCUGCACCUGGACGGAGCUUUCUUCUGUGUGUGUUUGUGUUUUUUUUAUUUGCUUGAACAUUUGCUGCUAAUGGGACUUGCCCAGCUGAGGGCUGGCUCUUAGGAAGCCCAUGUUUCUUUAACUUAAGUGAAAAAGGGAGAGGAGGGAGGGGAGAAAACCUUCCCUGUGGAUCUGGACUUGAGCUCCACGGCAUUGCCCGGAGGGGUAAGACUGGUUCAGCACGGACUUGGACUUCGGUUCCCCUUAGUGUGUGCUGCGUUUCCAAUUCCUCUCCUCCCUCUUCCUGCAACUUUGAGUGGGCUGCUGGUUAGCAAACUCCUUUUUACCCAUAUAAGUUAUUUAAUAUAAUGAAGCUCAACACUAUGGUAGGAAAAUAGCCACUAGGGAAAAGGCAGCAGACUUUGUCGUCGGACUGCUUGUGUUCUAGAAGGACUGUUUGUUUUCUCUGCCCUUCUGAGCUGUUUACAACUGACCACUGUGUUCUACAGAUGUAUUUUUCAGUAGUUGUUUUGUUACUUAGUUUUCCAUCAUGCCUAUUUUUUCCCUCUUGUAAAUCUAAAUUAUCUGACUUUAAGAGUCUUGGAAAAAACUCAUGGCCUAAUUACAACUUAAUUUUUUUGAACAGACUGUUAUUUUUCAUUAUGUUUGGGAGUCUGUUGGUGACUAAACAUGUGAACCUGCGCCUCCCCUCCACUGCAGCAGUGAAGGAAAACAAACGGAAAACAUCUUGCUGUUAACUCAAAGGUCGAUCUAAUUGUGAAGUAGUUCACCUUGUUAAACAUCUCAAUAAGCCUGUCGUUGCUCUGCAAACAGCCAUCCUGUGUAUUUACUCUAGGAGAAACUGUAGAGUAGUAAACCGCUAAUGAAGAAAACAAAACAUCAUGUUCAAAAGCAGAGACGUAUUUGAGAACUUAAUGACACGGUUUCCCAAAACAGAGCAUGUGUGUGUGCUGCACGCCUUCUCCGCAGACCGAAAAUGUCGCCAAAUUGUCCUUUUACAACCAUCAAUAUAUGUUACACUCCCGGCCA